CUGAUGAAAUCCGGCUCAGUCUUACAGAAGAAUUAGCCCGGCGGGUUGUGAUUGGUUUCUGUGUUGUGCUUUCCUUUUUGUAGAGCUCGGCUGCCGAGCCUGCUAGUGAUUGAUCUCUUCUCGCUUGUGAAAGCAGCUUUUCCCGGUGCAAAUUCCGAGCUGAAGUUGAAAGGUAGCCUUUAUUCAUCAACACCAUGUGUGGCAUAUGGGCCCUUUUCGGAAGUGAUGGAUGCCUCUCUGCACAGUGUCUCUCUGCUAUGAAAAUAGCCCAUCGAGGACCAGAUGCUUUCCGGUUUGAAAAUGUCAAUGGCUUUACCAACUGUUGCUUUGGCUUCCAUCGUCUAGCAAUUGUUGAUCAGCUAUAUGGAAUGCAGCCUUUAAGGGUGAAAAAAUUUCCCUACUUGUGGCUGUGUUACAAUGGAGAGAUCUACAACUUCAGACGGCUACAGAAACAAUUUGGAUUUGAGUACCAGACCUUAGUAGAUGGAGAGGUAAUCCUUCAUCUUUAUGACAAAGGAGGAAUAGAGGAAACUGCCUCCAUGCUUGAUGGUGUAUUUGCAUUCAUUUUGCUUGACAGCGCAAAUAGAAAGGUGUUUCUGGGAAGAGAUACAUAUGGAGUUAGACCAUUGUUUAGGGUCCUAACUGACGAUGGCUUCCUGGGUGUUUGCUCUGAAGCAAAAGGUCUGAUUAACUUGAAACACAAUAUGUCCAGUGCUCUCAAAGUGGAGCCUUUUCUUCCUGGACAUUAUGAAGUCUUGGAUUUAAAACUAAGUGGUAAAGUUGCAUCAGUGGAAGUGGUCAAAUUUCACAGCCCUAGAGAGGAACCUUUGCAUGCUGCCUACAGUACAAUACAAAAUUUGCCUUCAGGUGUUGAUGUUGAAACUGUGAAAAGCAACAUUCGACUUUUGUUUGAAAAUGCUGUUAGAAAACGUUUGAUGUCUCAUAGAAGAAUUGGUUGUCUCUUAUCAGGUGGCUUGGAUUCUAGCUUGGUGGCUGCCAUACUUAUCAAGCUUAUUAAAGAGCAAAACCUUUCCUAUCCCUUGCAAACAUUUUCUAUUGGGAUGGAAGAUAGUCCUGACCUACUGGCUGCAAGAAAGGUAGCAGCGCACAUUGGAAGUGAACAUCAUGAGGUUAUGUUUACUUCUCAAGAAGGGAUUCAGUCACUGGAAGAAGUAAUAUUUUCCUUGGAAACAUAUGACAUCACAACAAUACGAGCAUCAGUGGGCAUGUAUCUGGUCUCCAAAUACAUCCGAAAGAAUACAGACAGUGUAGUUAUUUUCUCAGGAGAAGGAUCAGAUGAGUUGACCCAAGGAUAUAUCUAUUUUCAUAAGGCACCAACAGCUGAAGAAGCUGCUGAAGAAAGUGAGAGACUUCUCAGAGAGCUCUAUCUGUUUGAUGUUCUCCGUGCUGAUAGGACAACUGCUGCCCAUGGUCUUGAACUAAGAGUUCCAUUUUUGGAUCACCAGUUUACUGCUUACUACCUUUCUUUGCCAGUAGAACUCAGAAUCCCAAAGAAUGGGAUUGAAAAGCACCUCUUAAGGGAAGCCUUUGAAGAUUCUAACUUAUUGCCUAAAGAAAUACUUUGGAGACCAAAGGAAGCUUUCAGUGAUGGCUUAACUUCUAUCAAAAAAUCUUGGUUCUCUAUGCUACAAGAUUAUAUUGAUCUUCAGGUUGAUGAUCUUUUGUUGGAGAAAGCUGAAGAAAAAUUUCCAUUCAAUCCUCCUAAAACAAAAGAAGGAUAUUUUUACCGUCAGAUCUUUGAGAAGCACUUCCCAGGGCAUUCCAUUUGGCUCCCCCACUAUUGGAUGCCAAGGUGGAUCAAGGCCACUGAUCCAUCUGCUCGCACCCUGAAGCAUUACAAAUCAGCUACAAAAUAAUAGCUUUAAUAUGUAUUGGAGAAAUAAUUUCUGAAAAGAGCUUAUUAAACAAGAUGAAUCUUGUUGGCCUAAGGGAACUUAAAAAACAAUGUUUUUUUAUUAAACGAAUGCCAUAGUUUAUUUAGAUAAAUUGAUGAUUCCAACCAAGCCAGUAACAAGAAUUUUUCUUAGCCUUAAACUACACUAUGCAACAACUGAUAUACUCCAAAAUCAAGCUUGGUAAAAUGAAAGCUAGGAUUGUAAGUCUUUAUUUAGAAAGUUUAAUUCACACUGAAGUCAAAUGACACUUAACCAGCCUAAGUAUACAGAAAAAUAAUGGUAGUUUAAGUGCACUUUUUCUGCAAUUAAUGAGCUGGAGUUUUUUUUUAAUAGUAUGUUUAUAGUCUUAUAAAUAAAAUAAAAGCUUGUCUGAGUUCAAAUGGUAAA